UUCAGGCACACACUAUGGCUACUAAUGGGGUCCUUGGGACGCCAUAUUGAAAGGGUGCGCGAGCCAGGAUAAUACCCCCCUCCCGGCGCCAUCUUGUUUGCUGUUGUUGGCCGGUGGUUCAAUCAUGGCGAUGCAUGCUAAAGCGACUCCACCGCAGAUUCCCGACACCCGCCGUGAGCUCUCGGAGCUCGUCAAGAGGAAACAAGAGCUUGCGGAGACGCUGGUGAACCUGGAGAGGCAGAUCUACGCGUUCGAGGGCAGCUACCUGGAGGACACGCAGAUGUACGGCAACAUCAUCAGAGGAUGGGACCGCUAUCUAACGAACCAGAAAAACUCCAACAGUAAGACGGACAGAAGGAACCGAAAGUUCAAGGAGGCAGAGCGGCUGUUCAGUAAAUCCUCCGUCACAUCAGUGGCCGCUGUAUGUGCUCUCGGCGGCGUCCCUGAUCACAUGAAUGAAAAACGCGAGGCAGGCAGCGGCACCGAGAGCGACGCGUCUCCGGACCUGCAGAACCAGGAGAACGAGCCGGGUCAGGAGGAGGCGGAGGAUGCAGACGGAGCGCUGCAGGACCUGAAGCCUCAGAAAGCCGCGUCGUCCUCCAGCUCCACCAACACGGGCCACCACAGCAGCCACAAGAAACGCAAGAACAAGAACCGACACAGCCCCUCCGCCAUGUUCGAUUAUGACUUUGAAUUUGACAUGAAGAUGAAUAAAAAGCCCAGAGCGGAUUAUUCAGCCUGAUGCUGAAGAUGGAGUGGGUUUGACCUGGACUGUAUCCACCAUCUUAUCUCUCACUCACUCACUCACACACACACACACACACACACACACACACACACACGGGCUGUGUUUAUUCAUCAUCAUUCCCAUCAGCCAUUACAGCAGCCAUUUACCGAAUCCGAGUGCACAUGUGAUUAUAAGCUCCCUCCUCUUCCUCGUCCUCGUCCUUGUCCUCUCCAUUUGGUUUCGUACGUCGUCACGUCAGCACACGUGGAUGCUCCACCCAGUCCAUUUCGGAUGUAAAAACUUCUCCGUGUGUGUUGUGUAUUGGCGUCUCUCCCUCCCUGCAUGUUCUGUGCAUGUGAUUUGGGACACAUUUUUAACGUUGUUCUCUCACACGCUGAUGCAUUUCCAAUUUCCAUCGUGUCAGAUUGUCUGUAUUUAUGAUGCUCCAAUUGGGACUCUUGGACUUUUUUUUUUUUUUUAAUUUUAUUUUAUUUUUUUUUUUGUGUGAAAAUGAAUUCCUUUUGUAAGUGAAAAAGGAGAAUUGUGACGUCAUUUCCAUUGUUGGUUUUUACUCUGUGGGGGGAAAAAAGUAAAAAUAAAAUAAAGUGUUGGUCUCUUGUUUA